AUGGACUGUAGAAGUACCGGGACCGCUGCGGGGAUCGACCCCAAGAUUCUGGACAAUUGGCAAACUGAAGGCACCUUUUCUGUCGCCUCAUGGGAACAUCUGGGUUACGACCAAUCGCCCGAGUGGGACACCAGCCAAGACUCGAGCCAGUGCGAUGCAGAUAUCGCAGACCUAGGCACCUUCCAUGGUCCACUGGCUGGUGAAUUCCGUCGUCUGGAGAACAGAAAGCACGAUGUGUCACCCGAGAACUUGAACUACCCCGAUGGCCUCGUCGAGGGCACUGGCAGUGGCACCCUUAGCCCUAAGACCAUCCCAUCUUCCACCGACGAGAAUUACCAUUCGGACGAGGCUUGGCCACAAUUUCAACUAUACAACCCAGUCGCCAUGCCGAUGGAUGCACCUCUUCUCUACCCCUACGCGAAAGGACCGGACCACUCCAAUGGCGCUGUCAUUGUCGAUGAUGUUGAAGAGAUGCCUCACAGUGGUUAUUCGGAUGUCCCAGCGGAGGGCAUCAUGUCGUUCCAGCAGAUUCCACAGUCCUUUCCUAUGAUUCCCGAGGAAUGGUCUGUGAUUCCACAUGACAUUCCCGUCGAAAAUAUGCCUCUGCCGCAAGAGCCCAUGCUACUCUCAGUGGACACACAGGGGAACCCAAAGGAUCACUCCCUGCGGGGAUACCAGACUUCUGUCCGAUCGCUGGAAUCGCGGUGGCUCAAUAGUCUGGCAUCCCAAGUACCCGCCCAACAGAUCACCUCGGUCUCUCCAACUGCUGGCCCGCGAAAUGCACGAAUGGGGCAGGAGUUCCAAUUCAAAUCUGAGAACUCUUCAGUGUCGGGCGAUAUGUCAGCAAUAUACGAGUGCUCCUAUUCCGCCACUAGCGAUGAUGCCGAUGCCCCGGCAUUUGCGGAGCGCCAGAUGGAAGACGAUGAUUUCCAGUGGAAGACCUCAUCGCAUGAAUCUACUUCACCGGAGGGGUCGCAACCUGCAUUCAAACCCACUGCCUUCGUGGUGAGUGAGGCCCCCGCGGAAUCUCUAGUUUCCACUGUUCCCUCAAGGCCAAGGACUUCAUCAACUGCUGGCCAACGUGCCAAUCGACCGGCACCGCUUGCCAUGCAGUCCUCGGCUACAGUCAAGAAGCGCAAGACCAAAAACCCCGCUUCAAUGGAUCACGGCAUAACAAGGCCAUUGCAAAUUGUCCAGGAGGAUGGCCAAGGGGGCUCUAUUGCGUCUGCGGACUUUGUCUCGCCUCCACGCGGCGCUCGUCGCAAGGGCCCAUUGAGUAUGGUUGGACGGGCCAAUGCAGGCCUGCGCAGGAAAAACAAGGAUACUUGUGUCCAAUGUCGACUGAACAAGCGCAAAUGUGACGGAAGCGCCCCCUGCGAUGCUUGUCGCCCUACACUUCAUGAGCAACCAUGCGCUCGUGCAUGCUUCUCCAGUAUUGUCGAGUUUGGAACCUGCAACUACAUCUCUCAACGAGCUGUCAACCACCCUACGGUGGAUGGUUCCAACCGAGUUCGGAUGGAGAUUCCAUCUGAAUUUGACCUCAGUCAACUCGUGUCUUUGCUCGCCGAGCGCCAGGGACGGUUCAACAUCCGUGCUAGCCAGGCCUGGGGCUCUCUCUAUGUCCUCGACUUGGGGGAGACCUACAAGUUCCUGAAGACCCUGAGUGAGUACAACGGCAACUCGAAGUCCACUUUCCUAGAGUUCAUCGACCGACGAAUUGUCGACUCAAAGGAUAAAUCCAAGAAUUGGCUGUCCUGCGUUGCCGACUGCGACCCAAUGAAUCAAGCCUAUACCCUCCUCUCCCAGUGGAACAACAUGCCUAGCCGCGCCAAAUACAGCUUCGUGUCCCUCGACCCAACAGCCGAAGAGCGAACAAUGGACAUAAACAACCCAGAAGACCAACGCGAAAUCCUCCUCGCAGCGCAACUCUCCCGAAUCUUCUGCCGCAUGCUCGAAGUCGAGGGCUUCCGCAAGCUUGAGCGCGACUUCUACAACAUAAAGUGGAAGCGGAUCUCGCACGAGACGCACGUCCGCUUCCUGGGCGAACUCGGCCACAUUCUGCUCACGCUGCGGUGGCGCGUGAGCUGGUGGAAGCGGCUCGGCGAUGGUGGCCAUAACCCCGAUCCUACUUCGCAGCACUACAUUGACCGCGUCGAGCUGCUCUGCCGCAUCCUCUACGUCUACUAUACAUGCGUGCUGGCGAAGCUGCCCUCCUGGUCAGCGGCCGAUGUCCCUAAGGGUAUUUGGUCGACGUAUGCGGACUCGGAGAAUGCCAUCUGGGACGAUUUCCCCUCGGACUCCAGUGACGGCGGCUUUAACGGUUGGAUGGAGCGUGGCCAGGAGUUGAUUGAACAGGCUGGUGUUCCGAGCCGCAUCUCGAAGUUCUGA